CAAUAUAUCUGAGAAGUUAAACCGAUCGACUGGCUCCACUUUUUACCAAUUUCUCAGUUUCAUUACGUAAAUUGAACAGCUAUAUCUAACUUUCAAAAAGACAGGCUACUUACAUUUCAUAGCUUCGUAGCAAAUAAAAUUAUAUAAACAAUAGUAAAUUGCGCAAGGUAAGCUUAAAAAAUAGUAUUUGCAACCUCGUCGCGUGUCUACGCUUAGAACAAUAGAAACUUUGUUAGUCCGAUCCAAAUUUAACCGAUCACCGUUUAAACACCAGAACGAGAGAAUCAACGUGCAAAUAGAUCUUUCACUGUGCGCCAGAUCCAAGCAAAACGAAGCUCAACCGACUUAAUCGCACUAAAUCGUAACAGCCCCAUGGAAAAGUCGAACAGUGUGAUUAAAAAAUCAAAUACGGAGACACGAUAAUGCGAUCGUCCGAAAUGAUCAAUCAUCUAUAACCGAAUUUACGUCUGAAAUGCUCCUAGACGACGCGACGACGUACGCAAGAGUUGUAACAAUUAGGGCUUUUAGCGCUGCACGUUGGAUUUGCUUAACGUUCCUGGUGAUACAGUUACCGGUAACCGAACAGAGUAUGUUUGAACUGGACCCACGAAUCGUUCAGUCGUUCCUUGGAGUUUAUCAACGACGGUUCCUCGGCCGAGGUUCUCGUCGUGUGACACUCGCCUCUGAGACCACGGGGCAAACAUCUGAAAACGUGUACGCACGUUCCAUGUGUUUGGAGAUCGAUGAACUCGCGACCAUCGUCCACGAGGAAUGAACGUUCGUAUCGAGGAAUCGGCCAGUGGUGAGUCAUUGUCGUUUCCAUGAAUCGACAAAGAUAGAGUGAAGGAGAAGUGUAUAUAGAGACACGUGUUCACGGAUGAGAGGAACAGGACGUGUCAUUCUUCGUGCAACGAGGGUCCCUUGAAGAAUUUGCUGCCAUCGAACAGUACAAUUAUGGACAGAGUACAAACAAAUUUAGUCUAUCACUGUCUUCUGCUUCUUGUUUGCGUUUCCCAUGCCUCAACGAGCGAAUCGACUUUCGACGAAAUCGAAACACUUCCGGAGACCAAGAAAUACGAAGACGCUUCAACGCUCGGCACUGCUGUACAGGCAUACAGACGUCCAAGGAUGUAUCGGCGCGGUUACCACGAGGACCACGGGUCCAUGUAUAAGGAUGACCACGAUGAUCAUCACGACGAUCAUAUGAAAGACGAGGAACAGGCUAUGAAAGCCAUGGGGAAUGCAAAAUCUGAUUAUUGGGGCGGUUACUAUGAUUUUCUGAUAAACGAGGGUAGUUAUAAAUUCUGGGCCGUGUUUCAACUUGCCACCGCAGCGCUUCUCAUCUAUAGCGGCUUUGCGGCGCUUUAUUACGCCAAGGUAAAUCCGCCAACGAUAGACGACGAGUUCGACGAUAUUUUACGUCGACGGAAGCGUAGAGCGUUGUCCAUGUUCCCGCGAGAUAAAUCAUUCUGCGGUUUGGACAGUGCCACUUUUCAGAGGAUAAUCGACGCGGUCGCCAGAGAAAUUCACUGACGAAGAAGAGCGCCUACCUUUUUCUAACUUAACUUUUAUAGGAAAUAUAUGUAUAAUAAUUUUGCAAUAACAUUUUGAAAAAAUUGAAAUGAAAGCGAUUGGGGAGAAGAAAAGGAACUGUUUCAAAUUGGACAUUUCGUGGAAGAUUUGUUAUAUUCGAAUAAUUAAAAUUACAGAUACGUAUCCUUUUCUAUUCGAUUUAAAAAAAGUAUGUCUUUAUGCUUCUCUUUCUAUUAUUUAAUGUAACAGAAGAGCAUCGCCUUGCAUGUUCUUCCUAUCGUGUUUGUAAUUAAUUUAUAAUAAUUAUGUUAAAUUAUAUUGUAAUUUGUACAUAUAUGUAACAAUUAUAUGUAUAUGUGUCAUACUGUC